ACGGGUAAAAAGGGUGGAGGAAGGAAUGAAGGGCAUCGAGCGGUGCACAGAAAGGCGAGAGACAAAGUGAAAGAAAGAGAGGGAGAGGACAGAGGUACCUGGGCAUAUAAUCAUUCCCUAAGGUCUGUGCAACUACUGCCUCGUAGCCGAUUUAUUUUUAGAUUGUAGAUAGAUUGUAAAAUAGCUAGAUUAAAACGGCGCGAAGCAGAAAAAGGGAUCGAUACAAGAACCGACAUCGACAUGUCAGAAAUUGUCCCCCCUGAAGUGAGACCUAAACCAGCCGUCCCAGCCAAGCCCUCUCAUGUGGCACUGCCAUCCAGCAUCCCCUUUGUGACUUCACCCCAGGGAGGAGGGGGUGACGGUCAAGGGUCAGGUCGAGGAUCUGCACUGCUUGGAUACAUUGGGAUAGACACCAUAAUCGAGCAGAUGCGGAAGAAGACCAUGAAGACAGGCUUUGAUUUCAACAUCAUGGUGGUUGGUCAAAGUGGUCUGGGGAAGUCCACUUUGGUGAAUACACUAUUCAAGUCACAGGUGAGCAGGAGAAACUCGGGCUGGAGUCGUGAUGAGAAGAUUCCAAAGACUGUAGAGAUUAAAUCUGUUUCUCAUGUGAUUGAGGAAGGAGGGGUGAAGAUGAAGUUAACAGUCGUUGACACACCAGGCUUUGGGGACCAAAUCAACAAUGAUAACUGCUGGGAGCCUAUAUCCAAAUACAUCAAUGAACAGUAUGAGAAGUUUUUGAAGGAAGAAGUGAACAUUGCUCGCAAAAAACGGAUCCCAGAUACCAGAGUGCACUGCUGCCUGUACUUCAUAUGCCCAACCGGACACUCGCUUCGCCAGUUGGAUAUUGAGUUCUUGAAACAUCUGAGUCGUGUGGUCAACAUCAUUCCUGUCAUCGCCAAGUCUGACACGCUCACUCUGGAUGAGAAAACUGAAUUCAAACAGAGGGUGAGGAAGGAGCUGGAAGUGUGUGGGAUUGAGUGUUAUCCACAGAAAGAAUUCGAUGAAGACACAGAGGAUAAGAGUGAUAAUGAUAAGAUCAGGGAGUCCAUGCCCUUUGCUGUGGUAGGAAGUGAUAAAGAGUACCAGGUCAAUGGCAAACGAGUUUUGGGGAGGAAGACAGCCUGGGGAGUGGUGGAGGUUGAAAACCCAAAUCACUGCGAAUUCUCUUUACUUCGGGAUUUCCUAAUUAGGUCUCAUCUCCAGGACCUGAAGGAGGUCACUCAUAACAUUCACUAUGAGACGUACCGUGCCAAGAGGCUCAACGAUAACGGAGGUCUGCAUCCCAUCUCCUCCUCUGGUACCGACACACUGGAGAGCAACCUGUGAAAAAAAUGAGCAAAAAAUAAAUAGCUUGUAAAGGCGAAAGAGGAGACAACAAUUACAAAGUUUCAUCUUGUAAUAAUUAAGCUGUGCAUGCUAUGAAGAAGUUUUGUCUUUGUACUCCUUUUAACCCUUUCUGGAAAUCAUCAUCAUCUCUUGUCACACAACCUUUAACAAAUUUACAAAAAGCCUUCCCCCAUUCUUCAGCGACAAAUGCUGAUUUUAGUGAGCAAGAUUGCUUGUACAGGCCUCAUGGGUAAAUAGUCCUGUGCACAGGCAUUUGUAAACAGAACUUGUGCCCACGUCCUCUUUCUGAUUCUGAACCUCUCCCUUUGUCCUCCAUGAGAACAUCUAUGAUACACCUUUGAGCUGUUUAAAAUAUUUACAUUGGUCAGAACAUUGGAGGAUUGCACUGCCACUGCAGUCUGCAGCUUACUGGAUUGGCCUUAUUUAUUAAAACAAUUAGCACACUUUUAGCACAUUUGCCAUUGCAAGAAAGCAUGAUUCUGACAUUCUCAAUGGAGCAUCUCAGUGCUGUUAUACUUUAAUAUCAGCACUUUUGGAGCACCAUUUGUCCAGUCUGAUAAGAGGACUGGAACUAACUGUUGUAUAAUACAUUUGAACAUGCAAAGUGUUUAAUAAGUGUUCAUCUCUUAGGGCCUGUAAGGGUAUACUAGUGUUAUUUUAAAUACUAAAGAUUCUUUAGUAGUAUAUUAUUUUUACCUUGCCAAAGCAAGUCUCAGAGGACUCUGAAGUGACAAUUGAAGUAUACUGAAUACGGAUAAUUCCAAAACAGGUACAACAGUUUAAAUACAUGCCAGUAUUUACUGGUGCUUUAGAUGUUGCUUAGCUCUCCUUAACUUCAGUGGCCAAUUACACUUCAAUAAGAAACGGAGAGAACACUGAUUAAAAUGAUCAGUGAAUUUUGAAAAUCAGAGUUGGGGCUUUGAGGUUUUCCUUCUGCACAUUUUGUAUAAACACCCAUGUGUAUGUGUCUGCUUGUGUGAAUGAGUACAAAAGUUGCAAAAGUUUUCUCAUCAUUCUGCCUAUGGUUACAGUAAUUUAUAAACAUAAUUAGUUUGCAGUUCAUUUUCACUUUUUGUUUUCCAUGUGUGCCAAUGUUACCAUCUGUGUGUACAAUUAAAUACAACAUUACAGCUCCCACAUAGCAUUCUCCCCUAUGAUCUCUGCACAGAUUAAUACAUUAUCUAUGUAGAAAACUUCAGAAACCACUAAAUACAUGAUCUGAAACUUAUCUUUACUCAGUUCAUCAAUAUUCUUUUUUAAAAAGGGAUAGUUCACCCAAAAAUGAAAAUUCUCUUAUCAUUUAUUCACCCUCGGCUCAUAUGCCAUCCCAGAUGUGUAUGUGUUUUUUUCUUCUGCUGAACACAAAUUAAGAUUUUUAGAAGAAUGUCUCAGCUCUGUAGGUCCAUACAAUGCAAGUGAAUGGUGACCUGAAUGGGCCCAUAAAGCAUUAGACCAACAGCAUAUUAGGCAUGUGGUCAUAAUGUAUUGGCUCAUCAGUGUAUAGUAAACCACUGGAAUCAUAUGGAUUAUUUUUAUGCUGCCUUUAUGUGCCUUUUGGACCUUCAAAGUUCUGGUCACAAUUCUUGCAUUGUAUGGACCUACAGAGCUGAAAUAUUCUUCUAAAAAUCUUCGUUUGUGUUCUGCAGCAGAAAGAAAGUACACAUUUGUGAUAGCAUGUUGGUAAAUGAUGAGAAAAUGUUCCUUUUUGUGUUAACUAUCCCUUUAAAGUUAGUGUGGAAUAAUCAAACACAUUGGAUCUAAAUAAUUAUGAAACAUUAUUUAUAAUGUAUUUUUGUUUUAUUUAUUAUAAUAACUAUGUUUUAAUUCAAUAAACGUAUU